UUUAUAAAAUGGAACAAGUAACAAUGAGCUUAUCAGAAUACGCAGGCGUUGUGGCGUUAAACUUUGCAUGCGCUAUCAGUCUACAGUAUUUUCCAUGAUCCGCUGACGAAAUCGGACUCUGAUCUCGAUUGGACACAGAACAACAAAGAUCAUUACGGAAGGAUCCUCAUUCUCAUUGUCAGUAAGAAUGGCUGCCGUUUUCAGAAGAUUCAAAGCCGCGCAGAUCGCAGCAAUAGGCAAUUUAAAAUUACCGUCGUUUAUUAACAGCCGAUCUUUUGCAAGUUCACCGAUUCUACAGAGUGACAGUAAAUGGCAAGAAUGGCGAAAAAAAUCCGAUCCAACCAAAGAGCCUCAUUCACGGAUGCUGUCGGAUAAAGGAGUUAUUUAUGCUUUGCAUACGCACAACAUGCGACCUGAUUCCGUUGACAAUUACUUGACCAAUUACGAAGAAACUGUUAAACUUCUAAAUUCAAAAUCUGAUUUGCAAUUGGAAUUAGUUGGUUCAUGGAUUGUCACAGCUGGAGAUAUCGAUCAAACUUUACAUCUAUGGCGAUACAACGGUGGUUACGAUAGUGUUGACCAUGCACAAAUUGAGUUAUCUAAGGAUAAAGCAUAUCAGCAAUUAUUUAAAGAAGGUGGCAAAUACGUUCGAUCACGCUAUUUGCAAUACUUAUUGGCAUUUAGCUACUGGCCUAAUCCUACAAAACGAGAUGAUUCAAAUAUAUAUGAAAUACGUAGUUAUAGGCUCAAUGCUGGCGGGAUGAUAGAAUGGGGAAAUAACUGGGCAAAAGCCAUUAAUUUUAGACGUCAUAACAAUGAACCUUUCGGUGGAUUUUUUUCACAAAUUGGCCGAUUGUAUAAUGUUCAUCAUAUUUGGUGCUACAAAAGUCUUCAUGCACGAAUGGAAACUCGUGAAAGUGCAUGGAGAUCUCCAGGAUGGGAUAGAUGUGUUGCACAUACGGUACCAAUAAUAAGAGAAACACAUUCCCGUAUUUUAAGUCCCACUAAUUUUUCACCAACCAAAUAAGAAUGUUAUCUCAUGAAUUUAAAUGCUUUUGUAUAUUUUAACUGAUUCUUUAUCUCUACAUAUAUUAUAACAUUCUACAGGCAUUUGUUACAAUGUAUAUUACAUUUAUUACUGUGUAAAUUAUGUGCUCAGUAUAAGAGAUUGUAAUAUUUUGUUGUAUUACAACUACUAAAAUAUAUUUUAAUAAAAUUUUAAUUUCUUUGUUA